UUGAAGAUACACUGCUCAGUAAUUUAAUACAUGUUUAUAUUUUCUUUUAUAAAUAUAACAAUGGUUAUAAAAAUACCAGCCAACAAAAAAAUCAGAUAACAUGGUAAUUAAGGAUAACAAUGCAGAUUCAUAACAAUGUGCAUAAUAUGCUUAAUACAUCUCAGUUCAAUGUUCCAGCAAAUUGCAUGACAAUUAAUAAGCCUUCUCUAGCUUGCUUUAUUUCAUAGCAUCUUCAGAAAAUCACUCGAGAAAUUUCGAAACCAGAGCCGACUCCUUCCCCCGAUGGAUCGCUGGCUCUGGUUUGAGAUUGUUGCUAGAGCUAAAGCGAGAGUCUUAAAUUCAGCCAGUUUUUUUUUUCGAGAAAGACGUAUUCUCCCACGCGACCAAUCUCAAUUUUGGCAAAUCGUUGUCCGGAGCAUGUGACAUAGUUGUGACCAUCUUAUAUGUCUUCAACGGCUUAUUCAACUUUCUGUUUUUUCGUGCUUAAAUCAGUGGCUUAUUCGACUUAUAAAAGACCAUAUCCAUACCUCUAGUCGUUCAUAGAUUUCAAUAUAUUACGUUUGUUACUAAAAUAAAAUGGGUAUGGGCAAUUGAGGAUGCAGAUACUCCCCUUCCCCUCUUUUCGCUGGUUAUUUCCAUCAACUCAGUCUCAAUGGCAGUUAAUUCAGCGAUUUCAGUCCAGCUGAUGAAUUAAUUUACAUUAAAAGCCUAAAUCACUAAGCUUCUUAUAUUUGUAUACGCCUAUAUGUUUUUAAAAGACUUUAUCUUGGUUACGACACAACAAUUAUUGUCAUUAGACGCUGAUACAGGAUAUGACACUUUAAGUAUUUUUCUAGCCAGGCAUGUUUUUCAUGCAUUCUCAAACACGGAAAGUCUUUGACACGACAUGUUUAUCAAUCCUAUUUAAGCUAUUUUGCCAUCAAAGACUUGGAGACACUGAGGCGAUAAAUCACGAAGGAAAGAGGAGAGAAGGAAGGCGCGUGGUUAUAAUAUUUUUGAUAGAAUUCUUCAGGAUUCAUAUAAAUAAAGUUAUAUAUUUGUUGCAUAUCCUUGUUCGAUUUUACAUCAAUUAUUUGCAUCAAAGCCUUGUCCAAGAAACGUAAAAAGCAUUUCGCAUAAACACACAGAUUGAAAGUUCUCACUGGCAAAAGAAAUUACCAACAGAAUCAUAGGUAAACAGCUAAACUAUAUAAUUCAUUUAUUUAGAUAGUAGAUAAAAAGUAAUUUCGUAAAUAGUCUAUACUAUAUUUAUAUAUUGGCUAUAAUUAUAUACUAUUUCUUUUUAACACUCGUUAAUAACUACGUGUGUUUGCUAUUUAUUGCAGGCGUGUAUACAUAGUUUACAUGUAAUACAAAAUUUAAAUCUUACUUCAUUUAUUUCAUCAUAUCUAUAGAUCUUUGACAGUGUGUGGUUUUGACAAACUAUAGAAAUAUCUGACAAUUAGCCAUAAUCAUUGUAAUUUAUUUUAUAUAGCUUCUCAGACACGAUUCAGACUAAUUUAUAUUCAAAAGCUAAUUUCUAGCUACUUCUUGAAUGGCCAUGCAUGGCCAUUUGAUUAUUUCAACGAAUAUGUUAUAGCCUAAUAAGGGCAAAUAAAACAUUAGAGUUGAUGUUCGCGGGCAUAAAUGUUUUUGGUCGGCUAUGGGAAUUCAUGUUAGCCCGAGCGUAGCGAAGGUUCUGAGGAGGGCCAAAAAGUCAAAAACACAUUUAUGCCCGCGAACAUCAAUCGUAUUGCUAUUAUAAUUAUUAACUUUAAAGGGCAUGCAUAAAAAAUAAAGAAAAUUGCAACAGCAAUAUUGCAUGAUCGUGCUGUGCAUAAAUCUCUAUAUAACAUAUAAUAAUCAAGAAUAAGUCACUGAUAUAAAUACAUUAAUAUCAAAAUAGUGAUAUUUACAGUAUCCGCUCGGGCUGAAGCUACGUCAAAGACCAACUGGUUUGAAGAGCAAACAAACCUACAUAUUGGGUGUCAUGCAUGCUUUAAAAGGUGGUCUUUUUAGCGGAUUUUGAGGUUCAUUGUUUUACGAGGUAGCAAAUGGAUUAUGAUCUCACAGUUAAACUGAUAGUUCUGACUAUUUUAUUUGGUGUUGCAAAUUCGAAAUGCAAAUUUGGAGAGCCGACGACAGAUCCUAGUGAGUCGGAACCCGAUCUUAACAUGACAUUGUCGGACGUUAAUCUUUAUGUUGGGGAUCAACUGAAUAUCACGUGCAUUGCUGAUAAACCUCGUUAUGACUCUCAACUUAAAUCUUCCUUUCAUCUGCACCCUUCCUUAGUUACGAUCUUCUUUCCUGGUAACAAUGUGGUGAAACCAAACUGUCCUAGAUCAAGUGGAAAACGCAUAGUUUGUAGUCGUACUGUAUUUUUGAAACAUACAGGAGAGGUACAGGCAGCGUGUUUUACAAGAAAUGACAUUGGCUGUCGAGUGAAGAUUCUAGUGGUUACUGUCAUGGAAAGACCCAUUCACGUAUCACCUUCACCAACGUCGAUAUCUCCGUCAAAAUCCAUAGCGGAAAAUAGAGACGUGACAUCUUCACCAACGUCAAUGCCUCCAUCAAUAUCCAUAGUGGGAAAUAGAGACGUAACAUCUUCACUAACGUCGAUUUUUAUGUCAGCAUCAAUUAGUGUGAAAACUGGAGACGCAAAAUCUUCACCAGCGUCGAUUUUGAUGUCAGCAUCAAUUACUGUGAAAACUACAGUGACAACGCCAGUUAUCCCGCAAACUGUUCAACCAACAACAGCCACACCAACACCGACUGAAGACGGUUGUGGCAGCGGUGAUGAAAGUGAUGACGACAGUGAUGACGACAGCGAUGACGAAAGCGAUGACGACAGUGAUGACGACAGUUAUGACGACAGUGAUGACGACAGUUAUGACGACAGUGAUGACGACAGCGAUGUCGAAAGCGAUGACGACAGUGAUGAUGACAGCGAUGACGAAAGCGAUGACGAAAGCGAUGACGACAGUUACAAUAGUGAUAGCGUUAAUCCUAAUGAAUCGGAACCCGAUCUUAACAUGACAUUGUCGAACGUUAGUCUUUAUGUUGGGGAUCAACUGAAUAUCACCUGCAUUGCUGAUAAACCUCGUUAUGACUCUCAACUUAAAUUUAACUAUUAUCUCCACGCUUUCAUAGUCGAGAUCUUCUUUCCUGGUAACAAUGUGGUGAAACCCGAAUGUUCUGGUUUAAGUGGAAAACGCAUAGUUUGUAGUCGUACUGUAUUUUUAAAUAAAACAGGAGAGGUAAAGGCAGCGUGUCUUGCAUUAAAUGACAUUGGCUGUCGAGUGAAGAGUCUAGUGGUUACUGUCAUGGAAAGAUCCAUUCGUAAAUAUAUCCAUAAAUAUGUUCAACAAAAAAGAUCUCCAAGUAUGAAAGAGGGUUCUACCACAAGUUCAUCCAAUGAAGAAUCAGUCAGUAACAUUGGCGUCAUUGUUGGUGUGUUGGUUGGCGUGGUUGUUUUAGUUAUAGUCGUAUCCGUCGUAGUUUUCUGUUUUUAUCGACGAAAACGAAAAGAGAAAAAUGCUAAAGACAUUCCUGACCUAAAAAAUUCUGCUUUUGAAGCAAACCCGGAAGAAGACAUAGCAGUUGUCACGAAUGCAUCCGGAAAGUCCUCAGAUGAUCCCAACUCUGAUGGCCUCUACGAAGAACUGGACAGUGCAAAAAGAGAACCUUUUGAUGGAAAUUAUCAGAGUUUGGUAACUGGUGAUUAUGAACAGCUUGAUAGACAUCCUUACGAAGACGUCAAGGUGUCUGCUUCACUGAAUAAGAAUAUAACGAACUGGCAAACCAAAGUUAAUAGCGAAACUCUGUAUGAAGAGGUAUCCUAA